CCCUCAAUUACAAUAUUUCUCAACAAUACAAUAUUUAUUCCUGUUCUCCUUCUCCAAUAAUUCUCACAGGCAACUGCAGCAGCGGCCACAGCAACACCAGGCCAGCAAUGUCUUCCAAGAAGAAAAAUUUGAUAAAGACCUUAUGUACUGCAAAUGCAGUCUGUGGCUGUGCUAAACCAAAACCCUCCGAUGUAUACCAUCCCAAACCCAAACCCAAACCCAAACCCACACCCAAAAAUUUGGUUUCCCAAUAUCCCAAUACUCUUCUUUUCUCUUCAAAUUCUGGUCCCCGAAAUAAUUCUGCCUCUUCUCCUAAUGGAAACGUCGACGACAUGGAUACAUCCACUUCUUUCUCCUUCAACGUUGAUACCUCCACCCAGUACAACACUGAAUCCGAAACCGAUAUUCCCAGGACUUCAACAGCGAUGCUUAGCUCCUCCAGCCCCAAAAUCACCGGAAGUGUUGCUAUCGUCAAAGAUUCCGAUGACCCGUAUCAGGAUUUCCGGCAUUCGAUGCUGCAGAUGAUCACGGAGAACGAAAUUUAUUCCAAGGAGGAUCUUCAGGAGCUUCUCCGGUGCUUUCUGGACCUGAAUUCGCCACAUCAGCAUGACGUUAUCGUUCAGGCGUUCACGGAGAUCUGGAACGAGGUAAUAUCGGAGAGUCUGGUGGUGCAGAAGCCUUGUGCUGGCCGUCCAUGGAGGCUCGCAUGAACUCUGCCCGUGGCACGUGUGGCGUGCAACGUGACAGCAUGGAGUUCACUCGUCGGGAUUGGUCAAUUUCAGGCUCACCGGAAGAAAAGAGAUUUUUCUUU